UUUAGUCCAUACUUAACCCAACACGGUACAGCAGCAACACCAAAUCAGUGCAGCGCACUAUUAAAUGCAUUCGUAUUCAACAUUUUCGAAAUAAUUGCAUCUUUAGAAUAUCCGAGUGAAUAUUUUGAACGCUCAGCCUACAAACGCGUUCAGUGGAAGCUGUCGAGCCAACGGAGAGAACAACUGAAUUACGCCGAAAGGACAUCGUUAAUAAAACGGCGUCAUCAGUCAUGGAGGACCUCUCUCGUGCUAACAGUCUCUUCGCUCUGGAUCUCUAUCGGACUCUGAGCGAGAGCGAUGCUGGAGGAAACAUGUUCUUUUCUCCACUGAGCAUCAGUGCAGCGCUCAGCAUGGUCUACUUGGGAGCCCGAGGAGACACUGCCAAAGAAAUGGAAAAGGUUUUGUCCUUCAGUUCUGUCUCAGAUGUUCACUCUCAUUUCGAAACCCUCACCUCAGCUAUCAACAGACCAUCAGCCUCCUACAUCCUCAGACUGGCCAACCGCCUCUAUGGAGAGAAAACCUUCAGCUUCUUACCUGAGUAUUUGGACUCCACUCUGAAGCUGUACCACGCUGACCUUCAGGCUGUGGACUUCAUUGGAGCAUCAGAGAAGUCACGACAGCUCAUUAAUAAAUGGGUGGAAGAGCAGACAGAGAAUAAAAUCAAAGAUCUUCUCAAGCCGGGAAUGGUGACUGGAAUGACUCGACUAGUUCUGGUUAAUGCCAUUUACUUUAAAGGGAACUGGAUGCACACAUUUAAAGCAAUAGAAACUAAAGAAAUGCCUUUUAAAAUAAAGCAGAAUGAACACCAGCCUGUGCAAAUGAUGUACCAGAAGAAAACGUUUCCCUUCAGAUACAUCCCAGAGUCUAAACUGAAGGUGCUGGAGUUACCUUAUAAACAGGAGGAGCUCAGCAUGUUGAUCCUUCUUCCAGAUGAAGCUCAGGAUGGCUCUGACCCUCUUCUGAAGCUGGAGAGCGAGUUGACCCUCAACACGCUGCUUGACUGGACCAGAAGAGACAAAAUGGCUAUGCAGAUGGAUAUCAGAGUCCAUUUGCCAAGGUUCAAGCUGGAGGUUCAGAGCUCCCUAUCAGAAAUACUGCAAAAGAUGGGAAUGAGCUCUGUGUUCCAGGAAACAAAGGCUGAUCUGACAGGCAUGAGCAGUCAGGAUGGUCUCUCCGUUUCAGCAGUGAUCCACAAAGCAUUUGUUGAGGUGAAUGAGGAAGGCACUGAAGCAGCAGCAGCCACCGCAGUCUGUUUGCGUACCUGUGCCUUCAGAUUAGAAUUUGAGAGCUUCACAGCAGAUCAUCCCUUCUUGUUCUUCAUCAGGCACAACUCCACUAACAGCAUCCUCUUCUUUGGCAGAUUCAGAGGUCCAUUCUAGAAAUAUACACCUUAGUGAAGAAUUGUGUUUUUCUGUGAAUGUUUUAUCAAAUAAAUACACACAUGGAAUUAAUAAAGUCAGGAAUCUCCUUUAACCACA